UCUUGUGAAAAUCCCAAUGAUUAUGUCUCAUUAUAUGAUGCUAUUUGGCAUAAUGAUAUUGUAUCGUUUGAACAGUUUUCGAAGAAAUGUAUCAUGACAGUGUUAGAUAGAAAUGGUUGGACUCCAUUGUUUCUUGCUUGUUAUCGAGGACACGAAUCUUUAGUUGCUAGAAUCUUGGAAAUUGCCGAGAAACAAUAUGCUCCUCUUCCAGAAAAAGAAGCUGAGGAGAUGGAUUUUUCCGUAAAUAAUUAUGAUUUUGCAACUGGCGAGUCUUCUGAUUCCGAACUAUAUUACGGUGAACCUCUUGCACCUAUUGCACCAGAAAACCUUGAAGAUCCACCUGAGGAUUCAAGUUCAAUCAUAAGUUUAAAAUCAGUAUCACAUGUAUCCCCAUUCGCUUUAACACAACACGCUGUAACGGGACUAUCAAGAGCUGAAUUUUUGCCCGAAAGGUUUUUGAUAAAAGAUAAAGAUUUUAAAGAUUUGCAGCUUACUGCGUUCUCUGUUGCGGUCGUCAAAAAUUAUGUUAAAAUUGUUGAAUUAUUAUUGACAAGAAAGUAUAGCACUAAAGAUUUAAAAGAUACUUCAGAAAAUGAAGGCGGCCUCGUCACAAAAACAAUCCGUGCUACAUCAUCUCGAUUUCCGAAAUUUGGAGAUUUGAAUCUUAUGCAGUGGGCGAUUGCUAUGGGGCAUUUAGAUAUUCUCGACUUGUUACUUGAAUAUGGCGCGGGAGGAAACAAUUUUGCUUUAUUUGAUUUGGAAUAUCCAGAAGAGCAAGAUAAACACGUGCAAGUCGAAAAACCAAAAUAUUAUCAAGGACUCGAUGUCGACGGAUCUAAAAGAAAACUUUGGAUUGUGCGCCAUGUCCCAGAAGCCUCAAAGAAACCAAUAGACGUUUCUUUCCUUCACCUAGCAGCUUAUUAUGGUAACACUGAGUCAAUCAAAUACUUUCUAUCAUCACGUCCGAUUCGUGCCCUUGAGCGUUUUGCACGUAAAAAUCGUGAAAAUGACCUUCGGGCGAAAAUAAUGAACACUAUUGAAGAUGUAGAGAAAAUUGGAAAGCGUAUCUUUACAUUUGAGCCAUAUAUUAACACAACGCCAUUUCAUUGGGCUGUUGAAGGAAAUCAACCAGAAGCAAUCAAAGCAUUGGCGAGAUACUAUCGCCCUAAUUUGGAUAAAGGAGAUGAUACACUAGAAGAAAUUUUAGACACUCGUGCAAAUUACAAGAAAAUUACAGCAUUUAUUCAGGCCGCCUUUAAAGGAAAUAAGGAAUGUGUCGAAGCAUUGUUAGAGGCAGGCGCGGACCCGGAUGUCAAAGAUGAAAAUGGAUGGCGUAGUGUUCAUGCUGCAUACCACGGACACAUCGAAUUGCUUCAAUUACUCUUCAAUAAACUUGAUGAAAACACAGCACAACGUGCUCUCGAUCAACAUAGCAAAAAAUACAGACAAACGCCGAUUGCAAUCGCUAUUCUCCAAUCGCGUAGAGAAACUUUUAAAUUUCUUUGGAAUCAAGUUUCAACCGCCAAUAUCUUCUCUUAUGAUUUUCAACAUGAUCGAUAUCUUCAUUUAGCAACUAAAACUGGACUUCAUAGUGUUUCCAAACUUUUGUUGAAAGCUGAGCUUGAAGUUCCAUUAAAUACGACGAAUGAUGAUGGAAAGUAUGGAUCACUUUAUCAUGAGAAUGCAAUCGGACAAACACCAGUCGACAUGGCAACACAAAUAUGGUGCAAGAAAAUUC